CUCCCCUUUGGCAGCUCUGGUUGUCUGUGUUGUUUCUUGGGAUGAGACGAGACAAAGUCUGUGGAGGCAAUGGUGGCUGUUAAAGAGUUACUAGGAGCGGGUCCCUGAGGUGUCCUCGGGACAAGAAGAAGGAAAUACCAAAAAGUGACGAUCGUAUGCCAAUUGCGGUCCUUCAUCUGAUAAAGUGUCUGCACCCCUUCGAGGCAAGGAAAUGAGAAAGCUACUUCUAAUCCAAGCGGAGCAGGUCAAUGAAGAGGCGGGCACUGCUUGGGAGUGUGGAUACGGGUGUCAGAGGUCCAACUUCAGUGGCAGAUCUGGUGGCCUUGGAGUGGCUGAAGACCACCACCCUCCACAGGGCUGUGCUCAGGCACACAGCCAUCCUUCCCUUCCCUGAGUGAGCUUCCUCUGCGAUUGUUUAUAUCACUGGCAGAGCCUGUAGUUCGAAAGGGGGCUGAGUGACAACUGGACUUUGUAUGAAAACACCAACCUGGGAGAGACCUUCAGUCAAGGCUGAGACAGGGGUGGGGGUAUAUGACUUGGCCUUGCCUGUAACUUGGAUCGUGAUUGACUUUGGUGCUGAGGCAAGGGCAGAGGAGGGCCUGGGGCUGGCCUGAAAGCUGGCAUCCGUGGCCCUGCCAACACUAAAGCCAAGGCUAAGAUCCAAGCCAAGGCAGUGGCUGAGGCAUAAUUGAAAACGGGACUGGUGACCCAGGCCAAGGCUGGGGGUGGAGCAGUGGCCAGGACACAGUGACCUGCACUGAGGCCAUGGCUAUGACAAGGCAAGUGAGCAAGAUGGAAUCUAAGGCUAAGACUAGAGUCAUGGCUGAGACCAAGGCAACCCCCCUGACAGAACCUAGUGUAGUGUCCCAAACCAAAUCAAAGGCCAUGCCUAUGUCCAAGCUCAGUGCUGUCACCCAGUGUAAAGUGAAGGCUGGUGCUAGAAGUGAGGCCAGUAUCGGUUCCAAAGACAACACUGGGUCCAUGUCCCAGAGAAGGAGUGAGGCCAGCAUCAAGUUGAAGGCUGGGGACAGAGCUGGUACUGUAACUCAGUUCAGUGAUGAGGAUGAAGAAAAUGUCUGUUCUUGGUUUUGGACUGGAGAAGAGCCUAGUGUAGGAUCUUGGUUCUGGCCUAAAGAGGACAACCCAUUUCAAGUGUAUAAGCCUCCAGCUAAGAUCCAGGAAAUGCCCAAGCCUACACCCAAACCUGAACUUACUAUAAAGCAAAAAGCAAAAGCAUGGUCAAGGGCCAGGUUUUGUGUCCUAGUUCCAGUAGAUGGAGGGGAGCAAUCCUUACCUCCAGGAGGGAACUGGACUCUGGUUGAUACCUUAAUUGAAACUCCUCUAGGGAUUCGACCUCUGACCAAGAUCCCACCGUGUAAUGGGCCUUACUUUCAGACUUUAGCUGAGCUCAAAAAUCAGGUUAAGUAUAGGGAAAAGUAUAGGCCCAAUCCAAAAACCUGUCGCUGCAAAUCAUAUGUUUUUACUUUAGAGCCUAAAGAGUUUGAUAAACUUGUUGCCCUACUUAAGUUAACUAGGGAUCCUUUCAUUCAUGAAAUAGCUACGAUGAUAAUGGGUAUCAGUCCUGCUUAUCCAUUUACCCAAGAUAUAAUUCAUGAUGUAGGUAUUACUGUUAUGAUUGAAAACUUGGUCAAUAAUCCCAAUGUUAAAGAACACCCUAGAACUUUAAAUAUGGUGGAUGACAACGCUGAGUCUUCUGGAGAACCACAGAGAGAGCUGUACAUAAAUCAAGUUUGUAGGGACAUAAUCUCUUAUCCUUUGAACUCCACCGUGCAGCUGGAUGGACUAAAAUUAUUAGUGCAGCUGAGUGUAAACUUUGAGUACCACCAUAUAAUUGUCAAUUACAUUCCAGAUUUCCUCACUUUGUUAGACAAGGGAAGUGUUAAAACCAAGUUUUAUGUUUUAAAAGUGUGUUUGCACUUGUCUAAAAAUCAAGCCAAUACAAGAGAACUGAUCAGUGCCAAAGUGUUGUCAUCAUUGGUUGCACCCUUUAACAAAAAUGAGUCAAAGGCCAAUAUUCUUAAUAUCAUUGAAAUAUUUGAGAAUAUAAAUUUCCAAUUUAAAAAAAAGGUGAAGCUGUUUACCAAGGAAGAGUUCACUAAAUAUGAACUUAUUUCCAUAUUUCAGGAAGCAAAAGAGUUUGGUCAGAAACUACAAGACCUAGCAGAGCACAGUGAUCCUGAAGUGAGAGAUAAAGUUAUAAGAUUAAUACUCAAACUCUGAAUAGCUAUAUGUUCUCACAAAACCUUUAGCAGUUUCUUUGGUAUUGUAAUAUGAAACCAAUGCAACUUAUAAGUUCAGUAUUUCUGCUAUCUGUGCUGAUUGAAGGAGCCAAUUUUAUGCAUACCAGAUGAUCUUGAGAGCUUGAAUGUUUGUUGGUUUUCAUUGUGCUAUAUAAGUUCAGAUAUUUUUAGUAUUUUUGCAAUAUGACCUGAUAAUGAACCUAUU